AACAUCAGCUAUCAUAGCCAGAUACAGUUGCAGUACAGCCAAAGCUUGACUGGUUAGCUGAAUCUGUCGGCAGGUCUGUGUCAUUGCUAUUUUGAAAAAUGUGGUCUAAGAUCGAUACAAAACCUGACGUAUUUAAAAGGUUGAAGGCCUUGAGGCGUUUGUGACAGUGUUAACUCACACUUUCCUCGGACCAUGCCUCUCCACCUGAUCAUACCAGGGUCGAGGCCUAGUUUGGAAUAAAGGGGUACUGCACGGACCAUGAAUCUGCAUCAGGUACUGACUGGGGCAGUGAACCCAGGGGACAACUGCUUUUCUGUGGGCAGCCUGAACAAUGUGCCUUUCACGGCCUACGCCUCCGGCUGUGACAUAGUGAUUCUGGGCAGUGACUUUGAGAGGCUUCAGAUCAUUCCAGGAGCCAAGCAUGGGAACAUCCAGGUGGGCUGUGUGGACUGCUCUCAGCAGGGCGGGCAGAUAGCAGCCUCUUAUGGAAACAUCGUAUGUGUGUUUGAGCCAGUCCCCCUGCUGAAUCCUGAGAAAACGCAAACUCAGAAAUUUGGCUGCCAAUGGCAGAAGAGCGGGCAGUUUGUAUUGCAGUCAAUUGCACACAACCUGGCAUGGAACCCUGCAGGUAUGCAGCUCCUCACAGGCUCCAGCAGCCUCCAGCUGUGGUCCAAUGAGAGCCCCACCUGCGGGCCGGCCGAGGAGGCGUCCAGCUCCAGCACUGAAGGCCACAACACAUGGAGGUGCAUCUGGCAGUGCAAAACGGCCUCCCCGACUCACUUCCUCAAGUUCUCACCUGGAGGAGAAUUCUUUGCCACUGCUGGUCAGGACGACUGCUUAGUGAAGGUGUGGUACGGCACCAGCAGCUGGCAGUGGGACGCUGGCAAGCUGUUCACCCCACCUGAGCAGAGCUCCCUGGGCGGCCUGGACUUCUCCUUCAUCUACCUGGCCCACCCCCGCUCAGUCACCGGCUUCUCCUGGAGGAAGACCAGCAAGUACAUGCCAAGAGGUGCGGUGUGCAAUGUGCUCUUGACCUGCUGCAAGGACAGUGUGUGUCGUCUCUGGGCGGAGACACUGUUGCCAAGUGACUGCCUGCUCUCUGGACUCAAGCACAAUAACCCUGGCAACCACCAGAACUACGGUGACCCCAACCGGCUGGCCAGGGACAACAAGAAGCUCCCAACCAAUGGCAAAUCACCAAAUCCACUGGAGCUCAACCUGCAGGAGUCGUGGGGGGGUUCUCAACGUGGCAUUCUUGCCCACACCAGCCUGCUCCCCCAGCAGCAGGGGAAGCACUACAGCCACAAGCCCACCCAGCCGCGCGCCAACGCACUCUGCCACUUCCACAUCGCCGCCAGCAUCAACCCUGCCACAGAUAUCCCGCUGCUGCCCUCCAUCUCGUCUCUGAAUGGCACAGACGAGGAGGAGCCGGGGGGGCCCUUCACAGUGCACUGGCUCAACAACAAGGAGCUGCAGUUCACUCUGGCCAUGGAGGUGCUGCUGCAGAUGCUGCGCAGCGCUCAGGAGAGCCCCAGUGGGGCCAACACCGCCGACAACACCGCAGACUCCAUGUUUGUGGAGGACAGCCCCGGGGGUGGUGCUCAGUCUCCGGCGCCGCUGGAGGGGGGGAUGGACGUGGCGGCGGUGGAGCAGCAGGUGGAGCUGCUGCUGGAGGACUGGAACAGGAGCGCAGACAUGCUCUUCAGCAUCCACCCCACCGACGGAUCCCUGCUCGUCUGGCACACCGACUGGCUAGAUGAGUACCAGCCUGGGAUGUUCCGCCAGGCUCAGGUGUCAUUUGUGUCCCGCAUCCCUGUGGCAUUCCCGACGGGCGACGCCAACUCUCUGAGCCGCAGCGUGGUCAUGUACGCCUGCAACAAGAACGUGGACCUGGCCAUCCAGCAGGGCCGGCAGCAGCAGCAGCAGCGUCCGUCCGGCGGGGGGGGCCUGCCCCGCUCCUCCUCCCUCAUCUCCUGCUUCGGCCACCAGGGCAAGGGCUCGGCGGGGUCAGCAGGGGUCAGCGGCGGCCUGCGCCUCAGCAUCUUCACGCCCAGCGUGCUGAUGAUCUCCAAGCACGCCGACGGCUCGCUCAACCAGUGGGCGGUGAGCUUCGGCGAGGACUCGGCCUUCUCCACGGUGCUGAGCGUGUCCCACCGCUCGCGCUACUGCGGCCACCGCUUCCACCUCAACCACCUGGCCUGCCACUCGCUGCUGCCGCUGCUGCUGACCACCUCGCACCACAACGCCCUGCGCUCCCACGCGCCCGCCACCGCCACCGCCGCGCUCAGCCCGGCCCACGCGCCCCACGCCGGCCGCCACAGCAAGGGCUCGCUCAGCGCCGCGCCCCAGGAGCCCAGUGCCAUCUACAGCGAGCUGAUCCUGUGGCGCGUGGAGCCCGUGGGGCCGCUCUCCUUCUCCGGCGGCGUGUCGGAGCUGGCCAGGAUCAACUCGCUCCACGCCUCGGCCUUCGCCAACGUGGCCUGGCUCCCCACACUCAUCCCCAGCAACUGCCUGGGUGAGUAUGGCAGCUCCCCCAGUGCCUGUUUUGUGGCAAAUGAUGGUCAUUCUCUGCGCUUGUAUCAAGCUGUCAUUGAGGCCAAGAAGUUACUUAGUGAGGUCUCCAAUCCAGAAAAUUCUAAAUCUGUAGGAGAAGCGUUUAACAUCAUCAGUCAGCAGUCCACGGCCCGACCAGGCUGCAUCAUUGAGCUGGACGUGAUCACAGACUUUCAGGGGAAGCAGACCCAGCUGCUGCACGUGUUCGAGGAGGACCUGAUCUUGGGGAACCGGAGGCCCGAUGGAGAACCACAGGAGGCGCCACCUACAGACUCGGCCUGUGGCCAGUCUGUGUUUUCUGCAAGGUUUUUCUUAGUGGUGAUGGAGGCCACACCCACCGGGAGGUCCCUGCUGCACAUGUGGCUCCUCCAGCUCUCAGCUGAACCCGUCUCAUCAGGUGAAGCGUCCACUCCUGCUGGCCGAGACCAGAGUGGCUCUGGGUCCAUCUUUGAUGCGCUGGGCUCUCCUGCGCGGCCCCAGCGGAGCGGAGGGAGCCCCUGUGGCCUGCACGGUGCCUGCCGUCUGGCCCUCCACAGCGCCCGCGUCUUCAGCCAGGAGCUGGAGCUCCCCGCCGGCGUGGAGGUCAUCAGAGUCACACCUGCGGCAGGUCACUUGAGCUCCUCAUCUCUUCAGCCUGCCGGCCGAGCGCCCUACCUGCUGGCCACCUCCUGCUCCGACGGCCAGGUGCGCUUCUGGAGGUGCGGCCUCGCUCCCGAGCCCCUCAUGGAGAGCCAGUCGGAGUACGUGUGGGAGGAGUGGCCUCUCCUGGUGGAGGAGGGCUCAGCCAAUAGCAGCGCGGUCAGCAUCUCCAGCCAACCAAUCGCCGUGUGCUGCUGCCACACUAGCCGGGUGGUGGUGGCGUACCGCGACCCCGCCGGCCCUCAGGGGGACCAGGCCAAGGACUCUCCACUCCUCGUCAGCAUUUUCCAGUGCGAGUCCACGGGAGGCUCCCAGUGGGUGCUGGAGCAGACGCUGCAGCUGGACAGUCCCGCUGAGGCCAGCUGGGACCGAAGGCUGUCCGCGGGGCCGGUCAACGGCAAGCAUGGCGGCGGCGGGGACGAGUGCCAGUUCAGCGGCCGGAGCACUGUCCACCUGGACUGGGUCUCCCGAGAGGACGGCUCGCACAUCCUCACCGUCGGCGUGGGCUCCAGGCUGCACAUGUACGGGCCACUCCUGGUCAAGCCGCCCGAGCUGGGCCUCUCUGACGGGGGCAGAGACGGGGCGUGGGAUGCCUCGCGGCUGGUUCUCCUGCGGGCGGUGGACCUGGUGUCGUCGGUGGAGGGCUCUCUGCCCAUCCCGGUGUCCCUGUCCUGGGUGCGCGACGGCAUCCUGGUGGUGGGCAUGGACUGCGAGAUGCACGUCUACUCCCAGUGGCAGCCGCCCGCCCCCGCCCGCUCUGCCAGCGUGUCCAGGGGCACGGACUCGGGCAGCGUCAGCUCGCUGCUGGGCACCAAGCAGGACAGCCACACGCCCUCCCCCGUGGCCUCCAGGAAGCCGCUGGCGCGCUCCCUCACCAGCCUGGCACAGAAGCUGAACAGUGGCGGGGGCAAGCGCGGUGGCAUGGAGCUGCCCGCCCAGCUGGAGGACAGCGGGCUGUUCGAGGCGGCGCACCAGCUGUCCCCAACGCUGCCCCAGUACCACCCCGUCCAGCUGCUGGAGCUCAUGGACCUGGGCCGCGUGCGCAGGGCCAAGGCCAUCCUGUCCCACCUGGUCAGGUGCGUGGCGGGUGAGGGGGUGCUGCUGAAGGGGGAGGAGGGCGGAACCGGCGUGGGCGCUCGUCAGCGCUCGCGGACCUUCAGCGCGGGCGGGGGCACCUCGCGGGACGCCAAGCUGUUCCAGCGGCCCGAGGCGGCGUCCGACUACGCCGAGAUCGAGUCCAUCCCGCCGCUCCCGCUCUACGCGCUGCUGGCCGCCGACCACGACUCGUCCGGUGGUGCCAAAGACGGGCCGGUCAGUGCGGGGCCAGACAGUGGACGCGGCUCCAGCCCCCGCAGCAACCCGCCCAGCGCCUACGAGCAGCUCUUCCAGUCGUCCACCACGCCCUCCAGCGAGCAGCUGCCCGACCCCUUCCUGGACGAGGAGGACGAGGACGGCGACAAGGCCAAAGUGAUCGACCUGUCGCAGUACGGGCCCACGGCGUUCGGACCGGAGCACGCCCAGGUGUUGUCCAGCUACCUGCUGCAGGCCAGCCUCCCGGGCCUCACGCGCAUGGAGCAGAUGUCCCUCAUGGCUCUGGCCGACACCGUGGCCUCCACACGCACUGACAUCGGAGAGAGCCAGGCCAAGGGCCAGGGUGGCGAGACGCUGGACGACUGUGGCCUGAGGUUCCUGCUGGCGGUGCGUCUGCACACCUUCCUGCUGACCUCGCUGCCCCCUGCUCACCGCGCCCAGCUGCUGCACCAGGGGCUGUCCACGUGCCACUACGCCUGGGCCUUCCACUCGGAGGCGGAGGAGGAGCUGCUGAACAUGCUGCCGGCGCUGCAGAAGGGGGACCCCGCCUGGGCAGAGCUGCGGGCCAUGGGCCUGGGCUGGUGGCUCCGCAGCACCCCACGCCUCCGCCGCUGCAUAGAGAAGGUGGCCAAAGCAGCGUUCCAGAGGAACAACGACCCCCUGGACGCCGCACUCUUUUAUCUCGCCAUGAAGAAGAAGGCCGUGGUGUGGGGCCUCUACAGGUCCCAGAAGAAUGCCAAGAUGACGGAGUUCUUCAGCCAUAACUUCAGUGAGGACCGCUGGAGGAAAGCAGCGCUGAAGAAUGCCUUCUCCUUGUUAGGAAAACAACGCUUCCAGCACUCUGCUGCCUUCUUCCUCCUCGCAGGCUCCCUCAAGGAUGCUGUGGAGGUGUGCAUAGAGAAGCUCCAGGACCUGCAGCUGGCGCUGGUGAUCACGCGUCUGUACGAGUCGGAGUUUGAGAUCUCGUCCACGUACAAGCGCAUCCUGCAGAGGCACGUGCUGGGGCAGGAGCAGCACAUGGCCCCCCACGCCGACCCCUUCCUGCGCAGCAUGGCCUGCUGGGUACUGGACCGCUACAGCCGCGCCCUGGACACUCUCCUGGAGCCGCCCACCUCACCAGGGGACCAAUCACAUUCCACUGAGCACAAGCAAGGGCCAGUGGCCAUGUCUCAGUGUAACCCUGAGGUGUUCAACUUCUACACGUACCUGCGCACUCACCCCCUGCUGCUGCGGCGGCACCUGGGCUCGCGGGAGAGGCGCGGCGGGCUGACGGCCGAGGGCCGCGAGGAGGACUCGGUCACGCUGCUGGAGCGCCGCCUCUUCUUCACCGCCGCCUACGCACACCUGCAGGCCGGCUGCCCCCUGCUGGCCCUGGAGGUGCUGUCACGCCUGCCCCGCGCCAUCAAGGCCAGCGCUCCCGCCCCGCUGGACGCCUCUGACCACCAGCCGCCGGCCGAGCAGGCCAGCGCCGCCACCGAGCCCGACUGGUCGCAGCCGCUCUUCAACGGCUUCGGCUCGGCCUGCGACUCGCCGUCCUCGCUCGACCCCAGCCGCUCGGACUCGGCGCUCAGCCUGGACUGGAGCCAGCCGUCGGCCAGCAUGGCGGACGAGCCCCUGGAGCUCAAGUGGGACAGCGACAAAGACGAGGACGAAGAGGACGAGGAGGAGGAGGAAGAGGACGGUGAGAAGAGGCAGGCAGAGGCCGCUAAGGCGGACGAGGCCCGGGAUGCGUCCGGCGUGGGGGCCUUCCCCGACCCGUCGGCCGCGUCCAGCCCGGCGCACCCUCCCUCGGAGGCCGUGUCCAGUCCCGCUCCGCUGGCGCUGGCCGGCGAGGACAUCCUGGCGGCGCAGCUCAAGUUCCGCGCCUGCCUCAAGCUGCUGACGUCCGAGCUGCGCACGCUGGCGUCCGGCUGCCCUCUGGACGGGGGCCGUCUGCGGCAGCAGCUGGCCGUGUGGCUGCAGCGCGAGGUGGAGGCCCUGGAGGGCUGCUGCGGCUACAGCCCCUGCCCCCCCACCCCACAGGCCUCGGCGCCGCACGGGGAGAGCCUCUUCUCCCUGUCCCCUGUGGCCGAGGCCCUGUCUGGGGGAGCGGCGGCGGGCCGGGCCGGGGCCGGGGCCGGGGCGGAUGCUGUGCCAGCCCAGGGCAGGAGGCAGUGGCUGCAGAGGAACCAGCAGCUGCUGAGGAUCUUCCUGAGCUACUGCAGCCUGCACGGCUCCCAUGGGGGAGGACUGGCCUCAGUCCACAUGGAGCUCAUCCUGCUGCUGCAGGAGUCCCAGCAGGAUGACCGUGUGUGUUCAGCGGUGAUGAGCCCUCCUCCUCCUGCCACCAUUCCUCUGCUGCUGUCCUGCAUGGGCGGCUCGCGCACCGUGGUGGCCAACCCCGUGUCCCACCUGACCAGCCUGACGCACGACAUCCUGCGCACCAUCAACGCCCUGGACUCCCCCCCGCACCCCGACUCCGUCAGCAGCAAGAUCUAUGUGAUGCAUGCGUUGGCUUCCUCGCUGUCUGCCUGUAUCUACCAGUGUCUGUGUGAUGGACACCCGUACAGUCAGGUGAAUGGCUUCAUGGGACCAGUGUACCAGAGCACGCUGCAUUCCCAGCACCUAGCAGGUCGUGGCCUCAGCACAGAGGAGACCAUCCUGCCCAACACCCCCCCAGCCCAGUGGCCAGGCGUGGCGGCGCUGGUGCGUGUGCUGAGCGCGUGCGGCGGGGAGGAGGGCCGGGCGGGGCUGGGCGUGCUGCUGUGCGAGGUGCUGACGGCCGUCUUCCUCAGCCUGUUCGUGCAUGGCCUGGCCACCCACUCCAGCGCCCAGCUCUUCCGCGUGCUGGCGCACCCCCUCAACAGCAAGCUGUGGGUCGCCGUGUUCGGGGGAGGGGCGCGCCUGCCCUCCGUCACCAAGGACACAACCCCAGUGGCCGUGGCCCAUGAGGAGGCGGACAGGAAGCAGAAGCGCUUCCGCCUGCGCUCCUCACGCAGCAGCUCCAGGGAGGCGCCGGCCGAGAGCCCGCCCAGCCCACACAGCCCGCCCGCAGAGCCCCGCCCCUCCAGCGCCAUCGAGCGCUUCGUCCCGCCCGAGCUCAGCAUCUGGGACUACUUCAUCGCCAAGCCGUUCCUGCUCCCCUCAGACAGCAGGCUGGAGUACGACUCUGAGGAGAGUCUGGGCAGUGAGGAUGAGGAGGAGGAAGAUGACUACACGGACGCCUUCGACUCCAGCUCACCUCUACGAGAACAUUCCAACCACAACUCCUACAGCUGGUGUCUAAUGCGUCUGGCCAUGGUUCAGAUGGUCCUGUCCAACCUGAGGUCCUUCUACCCCAUGGCAGGCCACGACCUCAUGGACCUCCCCGUGGGCUCUCCACUGUGCCAUGCCGUGCUGAAGACCCUGCAGCGCUGGGAACAGGUGCUCCUCAAGAGGCUGGAGAUCUUCGGAGGGCCUCCCCCCAAGUACAUCUCCACCCAUCCCCACGAGGACAGCUGCGCCCCUGGGCCCGCUCUGCUCCGCCACAAGGCUCUGUAUGAACCCUCCAACACCCCGUUCAGGUCCCAGCAGCACGCUGCUCUGCCGGUGCGGCGCCUGUGGCAGUACCUGGUCAAGCAGGAGGAGGUGCAGGAGACCUUCAUCCGCAACAUCUUCACCAAGAAGAGGGACCAGAACGAGUCGUUGGAAGACGGCAGGGAUUAUGGGAAAUGUUCAGGCGCGGACGAGCCUAACCUCAACCAGAUUGAGGCAGAUCUGGGAUACCCAGGUGGGAAGGCCCGCAUCAUUCACAAGGAAUCAGACAUCAUUACGGCGUUUGCCAUCAACAAGGCCAACCGGAACUGCCUGGUCAUCGCCUCCACACAUGACAUCCAGGAGCUGGACGUGUCGUCCAUCCUGGCCACGCAGAUCCUGACGUGGAUCGACGACGAGGCAGAAGUGGAGGCCAAAGGGGGUGAUGAGUUUCUGGUGGUCCAUGCACGAGAUGACUUUGCCACCCUCCAUGGCACCACCCCCUACACACACAGCAGCCCCGGGACGCCCAUCAACCUGCCCUGGCUGGGCAGCAUGCAGACUGGCCGAGGGGCCUCUGUGCUCAUCAAGAGGAACAUCAACAAUGUGAGGAGGAUGGCCUCCCACCCAACACUCCCCUACUACCUCACUGGGGCUCAGGACGGCAGUGUGAGAAUGUUUGAAUGGGGUCACUCACAACAGAUCAUCUGCUUCAGGAGCCCUGGCAACUCGAGAGUGACACGAAUCCGUUUCAACUACCAGGGAAACAAGUUUGGCAUUGUGGAUGCAGAUGGAGCCUUGAGCUUGUGGCAGACCAACACAACAGGGAACACCCCCAAACCUUUCAUGACGUUGCAGUGCCAUAAUAAGACUGCUCAUGACUUCGUCUUCGUGGGCUCAUCCUCACUCAUCGCCACAGCAGGGCUGUCCACAGACAACAGGAACGUGUGCUUGUGGGACACACUGGUCACACCAGCUAACAGUUUAGUCCACGCCUUCUGCUGCCAUGAGACGGGGGCGACGGUGCUGGCCAUGGCCCCUAAGCAGCAGCUGCUGUUGGCGGGCGGCCGGCGCGGCUGGAUCAGCGUGCUGGACCUCACCCAGCGGCAGCAGCGCCAGAGCUACCAGGCCCACGACUCGCCCGUCAAAGCGCUGGCCGUGGAGCCCACCGAGGCCUGCUUCAUCAGCGGCUCCGCCGAGGGCAACAUCAAGGUGUGGAGUUUGCUGACUCAGACCCUGCUCCAUUCCUUUCCCAACGAGCACGCGCGCCAGUCUCUCUUCCGCAACCUGGGCACGGGCGUCAUGCAGAUCGAGGCUGCGCCCUCCAACCAGGUGUUCUCCUGCGGAGCCGACGGCACCAUGAAGCUGCGGGUUCUCCCCGACCGCCUCAGCGUGCAGGCCAGUCGAGCCAGGAACAACGUCAAGUUCAUCAUCUAGAACCGCACCAUUCCACAGGUCGCCUGGAGCAGGAACAACAUCAAGUUCAUCAUCUAGAACCGCACCAUUCCACAGGUCGCCUGGAGCAGGAACAACAUCAAGUUCAUCAUCUAGAACCGCACCAUUCCACAGGUCGCCUGGAGCAGGAACAACAUCAAGUUCAUCAUCUAGAACCGCACCAUUCCACAGGUCGCCUGGAGCAGGCCUAUCAGCUUCCUCUAAACUGCACUCAUCUUAAUGCUUCAUCAAACUCAAUGUGGAGUCCACUCCAGUUGAUCAGUGUCUGGACCCUUGGCAUGUCAUGAGGGGUCAAAUCCAACAUGCGGGCCAUAGCUGCCCCCCACACACUGGGGCAUGCACAUGGCUGCCUGAGCCAAACCUGUUGGAGACGGUCAGACUUUGUGUACACAGUGCAUUGUGGGAGGAAUAAUCUAUGAGGUUCUCCCCCCAUGCAGGUUCACUGUAAGAAGUAAAGACAAGAUCAUGGUAACAGGCUGUUAAAGCACAAGAUAUGAGAUGUCCACCUCAAUAAGGAACCAUUGAACUGCUAUGAUUCAGUUACCUUCAUCAGAGCCUUAAAGUCAUCUGCAAUAUAAGCUGUCUAGUGGUAUAUUGUGAGUGUAGCCUAGAAACGAACUGAUAAGUGUCCUUAUAACCUGCGUAUUUUACUAUGUUAGUCGGAUCACAUGGUACAGACUAGCCACAUAAAUCAUGUGGAUGUGCUGGGUGAAUAUCAAGCACACCGAUGCACGCUAUACUGAAGCUCAUUCUCAACAUUCAUGAAAAAAGCUAAAGGCUAAAAAAACAAAGCACUUUCUCAUUGUGGAUAUUAAUUACCUUUUAGACAAAGUAGUGUGCAUUUCGUGCACAGUUUAUCUUGUAUGGUCAUGAAAACUAAAAUCAGUGAUGUGAAAAUCCUAUAUUCUCUUAAGAUUUAUCCAUGUAUAACUAUCAGUUUUCUAGCUUUACUAGGUGGCUAGCACCUAGACCAGAUGGUUGUGUGUGUGCGUGUUUUUUUUUUUUUUUUAAUCUGUUAAAUAAUAUAAUUGGGUCUGCAUUUUUCUUGCUGCCAAAAAUGUAACUUAAAUAAUCAUCCUCAUUGCCUUGAGAGAAUCACGUUAUUUGGAGGAGGAGGGCUUACAGACCUUCAGUGUUUAUCAUAUUACUGAAGCUGGGUCAAGGACAAAACAGCCUCACAAACGUGCUUAUGAAGUGAAACAGAUGGCUUAUGUGCGCCAAUCAGUAGGAUGCUACUAGAAAACUGUACAUUUGCUUCCCACGUGGAGGGAAGUAAAUGAUUAAUUUUAUGGUAAUUAUGAUUUCUUUGUGUAAAUAUAGAAGUAAGUAAGGACUUGA